CCGGCCCGGCCGCUGCGCUGCGGCCGUAACGGCCCGAGGCGCGGGUUCGCCGCUGCGGGCGAAGUUCCCCGAAGUGGCGGAGGAGCUCAGUGUUUUUUGAGACGCGAAGGUGUUUUGGUGGCUUUUUGCUUGUUUGGGCUUUUUUUUUUUUUUGUGAUGCGCUGCCCCGAGCGGCCGCUGAGGCUGCCGGUGUGCCCUCUGAGCCGGUAACAGCACCGGCUGAAGCGACAGGUAGUGCUGGUGUCCGCUGCAGCUCUGCCAGAGGGACAGCGCAGCUUUGGUUGUAGCUUGCGUAAAAAUCGUGGCUUGCAUUUGUAAAAAUCCCAUGCUGCUUUUGGCGUAAACCACCGAUUGUACGGUUUUUAUAGCUUCUAGAGUGAAAAUGUUAUUUAUGCUUGAUUUUGCACCGUUCAAAGUGCAAGUGCUUCAGAGUCCAGUGCUAUGAAUACUAUGUCAGGAUUGCAUUUCAGUCUCCGCAUCUUCUAAAGUUGGAGUGGCUCUGAUUACUAAUAAUUUAAUGGGCCUUAACAUGUGUCUGGCAGUUGUACCAUGGAUGUGUCUGUACUUCUAAAAUGAGAUCUUCAACUAUUUUCUCAGAGUUUAUAGACUUGAAAAGCUGCAUAUUGGACAUCAUGAGUUUGUCCUCUCCAGUCAGCUACACUGUCUCUGAAGUUAAAUGCUUACAUAGUAUCAAGAGUGAAUCACAAUUAUUACAAAAUAGCAAUGAAUCAGAAUUGGACAUUGCAGAAGAUCUGAGAAGGAAACUCCAUCAAGCUAAAAAAGAAAAAUUAGACAUAACCAUUAAACACAAUCAGGAUCUAUCCAGCUAUGAAAGCCAGAUUGCCAAAUUACGGUCUGAAGUUGAGAAAGGAGAGGCUGUUCGACAAAGCCUGGAGUAUGAACUGGCAAUUGCUAGAAAAGAUGCUGGUCUGAAAAGAUAUGCUGCACAAGAAAAAUUAAGUGAUGCAAACAAAAGACUCGAGCAACUGCAAGUAUUGAACGAAAAUCUUCAGCAGAAAGUGGCAGAGACUGAGAAAAUGUUUCAUAUUGCUCAGCAGAAAUGGAAAGAACAGCAGCAAAGACUUGCAAGUGACUUAGAUGAGAAGGAUGAUAUUCUCAGGACCUGUAAUAAUGAAUAUGAAUUGCUUCUUAAGGAAAGACUCAAACUAGAAAGUGUUUUGCAGGAGCAGAAUAACGCACUGCAAAAUAUGCACAAGAAAAUGAAAGAUAUGGAGCUGGAACAUAACGACUGUUCUGAACUCCUGAGACGACAGGCCAGUGAGCUUGAAUACAGCACUGAACGAGAGGAGCGACUUAAAAAAGAAAUUGAAGGAGCUACCGUGAGAAUAAAGAAACUGGAAGAAAACAUUGAAGCAGAGAGAGCAGCACAUUUGGAAUCUAAAUUCAAUUCAGAAAUCAUCCAGUUAAGGAUUCGAGACCUUGAAGGAGCUUUGCAAGUAGAAAAAGCCAGCCAAGCAGAAGCUCUUUCGAAUUUGGAAAUGAUCAAGAAAGAGUUCAAAGAGGUAGAAAAUGCAUAUGAGAGAGAAAAACGCAAUGCCCAAGAGAACUUGGAAAAACUCAAUAUAUUGGAAAGAGAGUAUUUUUCCACAAAUAAGCAAUUGAAUGAGGAGAUUGAGGAAAAGAAGAAGGUAAUUACAGACCUCUCUGACAGACUAUGGGAUAAUGAAAAAAGUUCCAAAGAAUUACAGAAUGAACUUGCGAUGGCCAAGAAACACCAGGCCUUUCUAACAGAGACGUGUGAAAACAACAUGAGAGAGCUGGAGUUACUCUUGGACAGCUUUGCUAUGUCAGGCCAGCGGACAGCAGGCACUUGUAAGGACAAAGAUAAACCUCCAAGCCCCUCUGUUGUCCUUGAGACUUUGAGGUGUACCUUGACAGAUUACCAGAACAAGCUGGAAGAUACAUCUAAUGAGCUUGGGAAAAUCAAGCCUUUGUAUGAGAUGAUGUCCGUAGAGCUUGAGGUAACCAAAGAGAAAAUAUGUUCUCUAAGUCAAGACCUUAAGGAAGCUCAGGAUAACUUGGCUGAUGCCAAUAAAGAGUUAAAUCAUCUGCACACUAAGUGUGCAGACAGAGAGACUUUAAUAGGCACUUUAAAAAUGGAACUACAGAACGUACUGCAAUGCUGGGAGAAAGAGAAAGUACGUGCCACAGAAUCUGAAAAUGAAAUCCAGAAGCUUACCAGGGCUUACCAGAAGGAUAUGGAGGAGAAGCUAACCUUCCUUCAUAACUUAUAUCAGCAUUUGGUAGCAGGCUGUGUGCUUAUAAAACAACCAGAAGGCAUCCUAGAUAGAUUCUCUUGGCCUGAGCUUUGUGCAGUCUUACAGGAGAAUGUUGAUGCCCUGAUCUUAGACCUCAGCAGGGCUAAUGAGAAGAUAUCUCACCUGGAAUAUGUUUGUAAGAACAAGUCUGAUACUAUGAAGGAGCUUCAGCAGACCCAGGAAGAUGCUUAUAACAAAAUGGCUGAGCAGAUGAAAGCACAGGAAAGCUGUUGGCAGAAACAGAAAAAGGAUCUGGAGCAGCAGUAUUCUGGUCUCCUUGGGGAAGUUCAUGCAAGGGCACAGAAAUACCAAGAAACAGCAGAAAAAAACAAGGAAAGAUUUUCUAUCCUUGAAAAAAAACGGGAGAAAUUGGCCCUUGAAAAUGUGCAUGUGAAAAAUAUAUUAACACAGAUUCAGAAGGAGCAUUCGUCUCUCCUGGCAGCUUGUGCGCUAAUGGCAGGUGCCCUGUAUCCUCUCUAUGGCCGAUCAUGUGCUUUGUCUUCCCAAAGAGAUCUUCUCCAGGACCAGGUCAACAUUUAUGACUUAGUCAAUCAGGAAAUUAGGACUCUGGUCCAUGCUCUGUCUGAUGUAGAGGAAAAGAAGCAAGAUGAAGCAAAGAUAAAGAAAAGAAAAUUCAAAAGCCUGAUACGUAUAUUCCGGAAAGGUGUUAUUGCAGUUUUGGCAGCCAACAGACUAAAAAUCAUAGGACAGUCUUGCAGUGCUCUCUUCUCCUGGGUAGAUGGCUUCAAAGAAGGCGUUGGAAUCCUAGUUUGUGUAGGAGACUCCAAAGGCAAGCAUGAUCUGUCAAGAAAUAAAAAGGAACAAAUUCACUGUGUUGAAGCACUCAGCUGGUUUUCUAGUUCUGACCUCCUUGCUGCAAUAAUCAGUUCUGUGGCUGAAUUACAGGAUGUUGUUAGCAAAACAGAUCCAAAUUCCUGGCUUUCUGGACAUUUGCUUGUAAGUGCAGCCAGAAACUCGUUUUCAAAACUUAUGGAGAAGCUUAAUGUAAUAAUGGAGACUGUUCCACUAGACAGCAGCAGGAGCAUUACUUAUGUGGAGAAGGACUCUUUGGUACAGAGGCUGGCUCGUGGACUUCAUAAAAUAAAUGUGCAGGCCCUAAAAGCUGGAUUAUGUGACAGACUACCCAUUAUGAAAAGCAUAGCAUCUUUGCAGAAGCAAAUAUUUGAAUUUACACAAAGGCUUCAUACAGCAGAGGUGGAACGCCGUUCACUGCGCUUAGAACUUGCAGAAUUCAAACGGAAUUUGAAUGAGAUGAAAAAAGAAGCUGACAAAGCCCAGAGCCUGCAAGAGCAAUUAAAUAUGUUUAAGCAAUCUAAAUUGAUCACCAACGAGAGGUUUGAAAGUGCAUGUGAAGAAUUAAAUCAUGCCUUACAUCGGGAGCAUCAGGCACAAAUGCUUCUGAAUGAACAGGCUCAACAGCUACAGGAAUUAAAUAAUAAACUAGAAUUGCACUCCAGUGAAGAAGCAGACAAAAACCGAAUCUUAAGUGAAACUGUAAAGAGUCUCUCCAAGGCAAAGAUGGAGCUGAGAAGAAAAGAUCAAUCUCUGCGUCAACUCAAUAGACUUCUUACCCAGCUGGAGCAGGACAAGCGUCGACUGGAAGAGAGCAUCCAUGAUGCAGAGAGUGCCCUGUGCAUGGCAGCGAAAGACAAAGAACUGAUUGCCAGUCAUAUGAAAUCUGUGGAAGCCACUCUUCUAAAGGUCAGAGAUCAGACCUUGCUGUCACGGACUGCGGCAACCAGGAAUGACUUCACCCUGCAGCUACCCAAACUGCACCUGGAGACCUUUGCAGUGGAAGGGCUGAAAGGCGGGCCAGAGGUUGUAGCAUUUCAGGCUAUGAUUAAAAGUUUUAUGGAUGUCUACCAACUUGCAAGCUCCAGAGUUGGCAUGUUAGAGAGAGAAAUAGCAUCUCAUCAGCUUCACAUUGCAGCCCUGAAGUCCGAGCUCCAAACAGCUUGUCUUCGUGAAAGUGAAAGCUUACAGUUGUUGCAUAUGAUUCCAUGCCCUCCCAACUGUCCAUUGCAUCCAAGUCAGAGCCGUUCAUCAGCACUGGUCUGUUCCUUGUUCAGAAGGAAUCAAGAGACAGUUCAAACAUCACCAUGGCUUCAAGCUAGGAAUUCAGCUGGACCAGAGUUGUAUCCUAGAUUUUUUGCCAUUGCAAGCUGAGCCUGACAUAUCCUACAGUUUUAUACACAAUAGAGCCAAUUCGCAAUCUUCAGUCUAUUCCUACAGCCUGAAUGUCACAUCCAGUCCCAAAAGAACAAUGGAAAAUGGAUUUUAAGAUUCUUUGUAUCGAUAAUCUUUUAGAAGGAAAAAAUUGUAUUAAUGUAAAAUGAUGCAAUUAAAGUGCAAUUUUGUUGCUA